CCUGUGGGUCCGCCACCCGCAAGGAGCUCAGCCAUGUGGCCACUCAGCCAUCGGCAGCUCUGUCUGGCCUUCCUGCUAGUCUGUGUCCUCUCAGCGGUCUUCUUCUUCCUCCAUACCAACCAAGACGUCUUUCAACACGGCCUAGACCUAUCUGUUCUGUGUCCAAACCGCCACCUGGUGACACCUCCAGUGGCCGUCUUCUGCCUGUCGGGUACACCACUGGACCCCAACACCUCCUCUUCCUGUCCCCAGCUGCCUGCCUCCCUCUCAGGAACCUGGACUAUCUACCCCGACGGCCGGUUUGGUAACCAGAUGGGGCAAUAUGCCACCCUGCUCGCCCUGGCGCAGCUCAACGGCCGCCGGGCCUUCAUCCUGCCGGCCAUGCAUGCCGCGCUGGCCCCCGUGUUCCGCAUCACCCUACCUGUACUGUCACCCGAAGUGGACAGCCACAUGCCUUGGCAGAAGCUGCAGCUGCAUGACUGGAUGUCAGAGGAGUAUGCCCACUUAAAGGAUCCCUUGCUCAAGCUCUCUGGCUUCCCCUGCUCUUGGACUUUCUUCCACCAUCUCCGAGAACAGAUCCGCAGCGAGUUCACCCUGCACGACCACCUUCGAGAAGAGGCCCAGAGUUUACUGAGUCAGCUCCGCCUGGGCCGCACUGGGGACCGCCCGAGGACCUUCGUGGGUGUCCAUGUGCGCCGUGGGGACUAUCUGGAGGUUAUGCCUCAGCGCUGGAAGGGUGUGGUGGGUGACCGAGCCUACCUUCAGCAGGCCAUGGACUGGUUCAGGGCACGGCAUGAAGCCCCUAUCUUUGUGGUCACUAGCAAUGGCAUGGAGUGGUGCCGGAAAAACAUCGACACCUCUCAGGGUGACGUGAUCUUUGCUGGCAAUGGGCAGGAAGGUGCGCCGGGGAAAGAUUUUGCCCUGCUCACACAGUGCAACCACACCAUCAUGACCAUCGGCACCUUCGGCUUCUGGGCUGCCUACCUGGCUGGUGGAGAUACCGUCUACCUGGCCAACUUCACCCUGCCAGACUCUGAGUUCCUAAAGAUCUUUAAGCCGGAGGCCGCCUUCCUGCCUGAGUGGGUGGGCAUUAAUGCAGACUUAUCUCCACUCUGGACAUCCACUGGGCCUUGAGAGCCAGGAAACUUU